UGUUUACACAACUUCUCAUGCGGAAGAAAACUGUCACGCACGUCACAUCCACGAGUUAUAGUUUGUUACGAAGUUUUAAGCGAUAAAAAAGCAUCUUUAUUUGUAUUCAACAAUGUCUUCAGUUCAAAGUAUGAGGCGGUUUGUCUGUGACCGACUCACUGCGGCUGCUCAGGAAAUACUGGGAGCUUAUGAGAAGAAGAUAGAAGGCUACGAGGCAGAAAUAGCUCGUCAACGCCGACUGCUGGAUGCCGUGCUGACACCUGAGUUAAAGUUACACCGGACAGAGCUCCCACAGAGACAUGUCCAAAAGCUGGAGGAGGAUGACGAGGUUCUCGUGAUCCAGCCGCAGCACUUUGACCAGGCGACCAGCUCCAGUCAUGUACCGCCAGAUCCUCCACCUGUUAAAGAGGAACAGGAGGAACGAUGCAUCAGACAAGAAACACAGCAGCUUGGACAACAGAAGGAGACUGAAGCCUCUAAGUCAGCUUCAACUUGUGAGCAACCUGUCAACAGUGACCCCUCUCAGUUUUUGGUUCCUCAUCAAACUGAGAGUGCAGUGAAUCAAGAUCCUCAAUCCAGCAUCUCAAGCAAAGAUAUUUUAUCUAGAUCUGACGGGGAGACUUCUGCAGUAUCUGAACCAAGCACUGACCACCAGCUCCCCUCUCACAACUCUGCUGGAAGCCAAGAUCACGUAGCUUGUAACCAUGGAAAUGCAAAACCAAGAACACACAUCGAGUCACCACAAAAUGAGAUAAGCAAAGUCCAAAACUCAACAUCAGCUACAGGAAGUGAGGAAACAUCAGAUAAGAAAUGUGGUGAUAAGAACACAGCAGCCACCAGCAGUACUGAACUGACAAAUGAGGAACAUAUCAAUGACAACACAACAUCAAGUGGAAAUGAUGAGCCAAUGCCAAAAAAGAGUCCAGAUACUGGUAAAACCACAUCAGCUACCACUCCACAUAGGAAAGGUAAUAAUGAGAUCACAGCCUCAAAUGAAAAGCCAACAACAAACAAGAAAGGUGAAGAUGGGAGACCAACCUCACCAGGAAAUGUUGAUACAAUGCCAAAUGCCAACACAUUAUCAACCAGAGGCACUGAGCUAACACCUAAUAGGAAAAAUAAUGGUGAGUCCUCAGUAUCAGCUAAAAGUACUGAACCAACACCAAAUGAGAAAUGCAACGAUAAGACCACAACAUCAGCUACAGACACUGAGAUGACACCAAACAAGAAAUGCAAUGAUAAUGUUGCAACAUCUAAAGGAAAAAGUAGGCCAACACCAAAUAAGAAAUUCCAAGACGAGAGACCUAGCUCACCUGGAGGUGUUGAGCCAACACCAAAUAAGAAAACAGAUAGAGGCACAGAGCUAACACCAAAUGAAAUAUCUAAUGAAAACAAACCUAAGUCAAAAGGAACUAGUGAGUCAACAGCAACAAAGAAAAGCCAAGAGGGGAGACAAACCUCUUCUGGAAGUGUUAAGCCAAAAAAGUCACAUAGCAAUGAGAAGACAACAUCAGUUACAAAUACUGAAAAAACAAAACGUAAAAAAUCAACCAGAGCCGUUGAGCUCACACCAAAUAAGAAAUGUAACAAUGAGACGACAACUUCAGGUAAAAGUCCUGAUCCAAGAGCAAGCAAGAAACCCAACGAUGGGAAAACAACAUCAACUACACGUUCUAAAUCCAAAACGAAUGAGAAGCUUCCUGAUGGGUGUACAACUUUAACCACAAGCAACAAGGUUACACCAAAAAAGAGACAGAAUGAUGGGAGCACAACAUCUAAGGGAAGUACUGACAAAACACCAAAUAAGAGACGCAAGGAUGAUAAAACAACAUCAACUACUGAGAAAACACAAGUUAAGAAACGUAGCCAAAGAAGCACAACAUCAAAUUCUAACUCACCACCCAAUCAGGGAGAUGGGAACCAAUCAGGUGAUAGCAUCCAGGAUGAUAAUAACCCGUACAAGUGUGACAGGUGCAGUAAAGUGAUGACUAACUUCAAAAACUACAAAUUUCAUAUGAAAUCCCACACUGUUGAGAAGACUUUCAAAUGUGACACUUGUGGUUUAAUGUUCAGGGAGAGUUGGGAUUUGAAAAAACAUUUAACGAUUCACUCUGGCGAGAAGCCUUUCAAAUGCAAAGUUUGCGGAAAAAGAUUCAACCGGCAGUAUAAUCUGGAUCUGCAUUCACGUGUUCACAGUGAGGACAAGCCGCACAAAUGUGACACGUGUGACAAAAGCUUCAGGUCAGAUGUGAAUCUGAAAAAGCAUGUGAGAAUUCACACAGGUGAGAAGCCUUACUCCUGCAGCAAAUGUGGCAAAGGAUUUGCUGAUUCUUCGUCUUACAAAAAUCAUCUGCGAGUUCAUUCGGGGGAAAAGCCCUUUGUGUGUUCUUAUUGCAAGGUACGAUUUGCUACCACGACAACUUUGCAAAGGCACAUCAGAACACACACAGGUGAAAAGCCAUACAAGUGUGAGGUGUGUGACAAAGAGUUCGGUCACAGAACAAACCUGAAAAGACACAUGAAGUUGCAUAAUGAAGAGAAGGGCUACAAAUGCUGUACCUGUGGAGAAGCAUUCCCUACAUGGCUAAAACUCAACCAACACGAGAGGGUACACUGCAGUGAUGCACAAAGCUCCACUGCCUAAAAACAUGUCUGCAUUUGAUACAUCAAACUUAUGAUACAAUUAUUUUGCAGCCAGAGUGCAUAGUGGAAUUUCAUUUAAACCGGCUCGAGAUACACUUGUUGUUAUAUUCCAUGGAAUGCUCUUAACAUCCCGAUAGCAAUGAAUAUCUUAAGUGCUUUAACAAAAAAUCCAUAAAAAAAUGUCACCUCUGGAAGCCUUAGUACUGUAAAAAGCACGACCAAUCAUCUGAGCCGGCACGGUUAAAAUAACUGGAUGGCCUACCUGCCUGUCAGCCUUCCAUCUG